GGGCUGUCAACUUUCUGAAUGUUUAUAUUUUUAUGACCAAUAAAUAAGUAGAACACGUAGCUUUUUGCAAAUUUCACCAGUGAGGGUAUCAAUUCCAUUUAAAUAUUUAAACAAUCAAGAAGCUAGUUCAUAUCCCAAUAUAAUGUCGAGUCUCAAUCGUGAAGAAAUCUUGCUACUCUUUGAUGUUGAUGGAACUUUAACGCCGGCAAGAAAGACAAUUGAGAAAGAAUUUGAGGAAUUUUUAUACACAAAAGUAAAGUCAAAGGCAACAAUAGGAGUUGUGAGUGGAAGUGACUUAGCAAAAAUCAAAGAACAGCUUAACGGCGAUAGUCUUGUGGAUAAUUUUGACUAUGUAUUUCCAGAAAAUGGAUUAGUUUUCAUUAAGAAUGGAGUUGAAAUCAGCAAGCAAUCUAUUCAAAAGCAUCUCGGUGAAGCAAAUAUUAAGCGACUUAUCAACUUCUGUUUACAUUAUAUUGCUGAUCUUGAUAUACCUAUCAAACGUGGCACAUUCAUAGACUUCCGUAAUGGCAUGAUCAAUAUUUGUCCGAUUGGUAGGCAAUGUACUUAUGAGGAAAGACUUGUUUUUAAUAAAUAUGAUGAUGAGCAUCAAGUUCGCAUUAAGAUGGUUGAAGCUUUAAAGAAGGAAUUUGCUGAUGUUGACAUUACUUUUGCAAUUGGUGGACAGAUCAGCAUUGAUGCUUUUCCAAAUGAAUGGGAUAAAAGAUACAGUUUGCAUCAUGUUGGAACCAAUUUUAAGGAAAUUCACUUCUUUGGAGACAAGACUUCAAUAGGUGGAAAUGAUCAUGAAAUAUUUGCUGAUCCCAGAACAAUUGGACAUACAGUUGUUGAUCCAAAGGAUACUGAACGUCAGCUAGCUGAGUUGUUGAAUUUGUAAAUAAAUGAGUAUUAUUUGUCAUACUUUUAAAGUCAUUAAAAAUGAAAAUCAAUAAAAUUUAUAGGAUAAUUGACAUUUGAGAAGUUUAAAUUGCAUGUUUGCCACAUACUUGCUUCAUCAAUA